AUGCUCGACCAUUGGAUGAGUGGCAGAAGAAGAAAGAGAUGGCCAAGGCAAAGAAGCGAAAGACUGGCGCCGAAGACAGCAUGGUGCAGAUCACUCGGCCACCCUUCCUUUCAAGGAAGAGUCUUCAAGCUGCGGCCAAGGGUGACAACAUGGUUUACACGUUCGGUGGCAAGACCGCUGAGGAGAUCUUCAAGGACCCUGCAAAGAUUAAGCCAACGACCAAGAACAACAGAGAAUUGCUGGCUGACAGAGGCAACACGGGCAAAGAAGUUUCACACUUGA